GGGAGCAGGCCCCGGGCUGUGGGGAGGGUACGCUUCCCGCGGGCGCGCGGAGUGAGGACGGUGACAGCCACGCGCGCGCGUACGCGCCCGACUGCAGCGCGGCCCCGCGACCCUAGUCGGCCGCUGAGAGGCGCGCGGAGUCUGGGCCGCUGCCGUCUAGGGUUCCCGUCCCGAGGCGUCCCCGGCAUCUCCGGCCCGAAUCCCGGAGUGCCAGGUCGCGCCUGCACCGACGGUCCCGGCUCCUGUGCCCUCCGUGCAGCCGUCAGGGCCCGCCCCCCAACUCCCCUUUCCGUCCGGGCAGGGUCCUCGCGGCCCAUGCUGGCCGCUGGGGACCCGCGCAGCCCAGACCGUUGCCAGGCCGGCCAGCCGGCCACCAUGGUGGCCCUGAGGCCUGUACAGCAACUCCAGGGGGGCUAAAGGGCUCAGAGUGCAGGCCGUGGGGCGCGAGGGUCCCGGGCCUGAGCCCCGCGCCAUGGCCGGGGCCAUCGCUUCCCGCAUGAGCUUCAGCUCUCUCAAGAGGAAGCAGCCCAAGACGUUCACCGUAAGGAUCGUCACCAUGGACGCCGAGAUGGAGUUCAAUUGCGAGAUGAAGUGGAAAGGGAAGGACCUCUUUGAUUUGGUGUGCCGGACUCUGGGGCUCCGAGAAACCUGGUUCUUUGGACUGCAGUACACAAUCAAGGACACAGUGGCCUGGCUCAAAAUGGACAAGAAGGUACUGGAUCAUGAUGUUUCAAAGGAAGAACCAGUCACCUUUCACUUCCUGGCCAAAUUUUAUCCUGAGAAUGCCGAAGAGGAGCUGGUUCAGGAGAUCACACAACAUUUAUUCUUCUUACAGGUAAAGAAGCAGAUUUUAGAUGAAAAGAUCUACUGCCCUCCCGAGGCUUCUGUGCUCCUGGCUUCUUACGCCGUCCAGGCCAAGUAUGGUGACUACGACCCCAGUGUUCACAAGCGGGGAUUUUUGGCCCAAGAGGAAUUGCUUCCAAAAAGGGUAAUAAAUCUGUAUCAGAUGACUCCAGAAAUGUGGGAGGAGAGAAUUACUGCUUGGUACGCAGAGCACCGAGGCCGAGCCAGGGAUGAAGCUGAAAUGGAAUAUCUGAAGAUAGCUCAGGACCUGGAGAUGUAUGGUGUGAACUACUUUGCAAUCCGGAAUAAAAAGGGCACAGAGCUGCUGCUUGGAGUGGAUGCCCUGGGGCUUCACAUUUAUGACCCUGAGAACAGACUGACCCCCAAGAUCUCCUUCCCGUGGAAUGAAAUCCGAAACAUCUCGUACAGUGACAAGGAGUUUACUAUUAAACCACUGGAUAAGAAAAUUGAUGUCUUCAAGUUUAACUCCUCAAAGCUUCGUGUUAAUAAGCUGAUUCUCCAGCUAUGUAUCGGGAACCAUGAUCUAUUUAUGAGGAGAAGGAAAGCCGAUUCUUUGGAAGUUCAGCAGAUGAAAGCCCAGGCCAGGGAGGAGAAGGCUAGAAAGCAGAUGGAGCGGCAGCGCCUCGCUCGAGAGAAGCAGAUGAGGGAGGAGGCUGAACGCACGAGGGAUGAGUUGGAGAGGAGGCUGCUGCAGAUGAAAGAAGAAGCAACAAUGGCCAACGAAGCACUGAUGCGGUCUGAGGAGACAGCUGACCUGUUGGCUGAAAAGGCCCAGAUCACCGAGGAGGAGGCAAAACUUCUGGCACAGAAGGCCGCAGAGGCUGAGCAGGAAAUGCAGCGCAUCAAGGCCACAGCCAUUCGCACGGAGGAGGAGAAGCGCCUGAUGGAGCAGAAGGUGCUGGAAGCCGAGGUGCUGGCACUGAAGAUGGCUGAGGAGUCAGAGAGGAGGGCCAAAGAGGCAGAUCAGCUGAAGCAGGACCUGCAGGAAGCACGCGAGGCAGAGCGAAGAGCCAAGCAGAAGCUCCUGGAGAUUGCCACCAAGCCCACGUACCCGCCCAUGAACCCAAUUCCAGCACCGCUGUCUCCUGACAUACCAAGCUUCAACCUCAUUGGUGACAGCCUGUCUUUCGACUUCAAGGAUACUGACAUGAAGCGGCUUUCCAUGGAGAUAGAGAAAGAAAAAGUGGAAUACAUGGAAAAGAGCAAGCAUCUGCAGGAGCAGCUCAAUGAACUCAAGACAGAAAUCGAGGCCUUGAAACUGAAAGAGAGGGAGACGGCUCUGGAUAUUCUGCACAAUGAGAACUCCGACAGGGGUGGCAGCAGCAAGCACAAUACCAUUAAAAAGCUCACCUUGCAGAGUGCCAAGUCCCGAGUGGCCUUCUUUGAAGAGCUCUAGCAGGUGACCCAGCCACCCCAGGACCUGCCACUUCUCCUGCUCCCGGGACCACGGGAUGGACCAGAUACCAAGAGAGCCAUCCAUAGGGAGCUGGCUGGGGAUUUCGUGGGAGCUCCAGAACUUUCCCCAGCUGAGUAAAGAGCCCAGCCCCUCUUAUGUGCAAUUGCCUUGAACUACGACCCUGUAGAGAUUUCUCUCAUGGUGUUCUAGUUAUCUGACCUGAGUCUUUGUUUUAAGAAGUAUUUGUCUUCCUUUGUCUAAUGUGGGAUUCCUGACUCCCUUCCACCAAGGCACUCUGGUGUAUGUGUGUCUUGCACUCCAGAGCUGACCUCCACCGCCCAGCCUGGGAAGUCAUUGUAGGGAGUGAUAUACUGAAGCCCUGAGAGGCCAGUGCCAUCAUCCCCACCCCGCCCAGGGUUCCGGAACAUUCAUUCCCCAACGUGUGAGGACCUGGCAUGCAGCGAAGGAGCCCAGCCCGGCGGAUCCCAGGCCCAGCACGCCUGCCGUCUUCUCAUCAUCAGGGAGCCUGCCCAGAGCUCGUGACGAGCAAGUGCUGGGUCCCCGCCAGGCACCCCGAGGUGGUGCUCUGGCUGGCAGCUGGUGGGGAAUAGGCAGGGCAGCUGUGGCUGGGGAGAGACUUUAGGCAGAAGCUGUGAUGCAGGCUGACUGCCAGCCGAGGGGCUGGGUAGUGCCGUGCGGGAGCUGAUGGUACAGGGCACUCACUGUCCCCCUCCGGCCACCCUAGACCAGGGUCUGAGAGGCAGGCAGGAGCCACUCACAUCUUCCCCAUUGCCCGACGCCCAUAGACUCUCCUUCCUGUGUGGGGCUGGGGCACUCCCUGGUCGUACUGUAGUCAGCACCCGUAACCCGGCUAUGACCAGGGAUCCGUAAGCCCUGUGGCUCUACAGGUGCUGCUUCUCACUGGCCCAGACUCCGAGCUCCACUGGCCCAGUCUGCGUGGCCCAUCUGCUUCACCUUCCCUCCCAGCCACGUGCCAGUGGCCACAGGCCACUUCCCAACCCACUGUUGUACCCAGGCCUCACUGCCUCACUUUGCUCUUGCCCUUGUCCCUCUUCGGGCCCUGAAUUUUCUGUUCCCUGAGGGCCAGCCAGGGUCCUUUGUGCCCUUCCCAGCACAGGCUCGGUGCAGGUGUCCACUCACAGGUGGCGCUCACCUAGGCUGUCACAGGACCCACCUCCAUGCCAGGCAACAGAGGGCCACAGAACCACCCCCACGGCUCACUCCUUGGUCUGGGGCCACCUUCUUGCCCUUUCUUUUUUUUUUUCUUCUUUUUUUUUUUGAGAUGAAGUCUCUCUCUGUCACCCAGGUGGGAGUGUGGUGGCACAAUCUCGGCUCACUGCAACCUCCACCUCCUGUGUUCAAGCAAUUCUCCUGCCUCAGCCUCCCAAGUAACUGGGACUACAGGCAUGCACCACCACACUUGGCUAAUGUUUUGUAUUUUUCAUAGGGACGGGGUUUUGCCAUGUUAGCUAGGCUGGUCUCAAACUCACACCUGGGAUUAUAGGCGUGAGCCACCGCACCCAGCCCCUGCUUGCCCUUUUCUCCGUGGCCGAUGCUGCUGUGGCCAGCCAGGGCCCUUGAGAUCCUUCCGGUUUGGCUGUUAUGCAAAGCAGGUGAUUUGUCUUAAUCAGAUAAAAGAUGGAGGCUAUGGGGGCCUCGAGAUUUUUGAAGAGCAGAGGUGGUCUCUGGCAAUUCCAUCUGGUUUUGAGAAACUUAGCAGCUCACAGAGCACAGAGAUCCUGCCUUCUUCCACUAUCAAGCUGAAUGGGGUUGGGCUGCUCGGCAACUUCUUGGGUCACCUUGCCCCAAGGAAACCAGCCUUGGGUGCCACCCAGCCACUUAGGGUCUACAGGGUGGGACUCCAGACCUAGAGCAUAAGUGUGGAUGCUGUGGCCCUGUGUCUUCCUAGUGUGACCCAGCCAGGAGCGGAAGCUUCAGGCGUGUGUAAGGUGAGGUCUGGCUCUGCCUCCUCAGUUUUUUUUUUUCCUGUGUUUUUUUUUUUUUUUUUUUUUUUUGAGAUGGAGUCUCGCUCUGUCACCCAGGCUGGAGUGCAGUGUCACGAUCUCAGCUCACUGCAACCUCUGCCUCCCAGGUACAAGAGAUUCUCCUGCCUCACCCUCCCGAGUAGCUGGGACUACAGGCGUGUGCCAGCAAGCCUGGCUAAUUUUUGUUUUUUUAGUAGAGAUGGGGUUUCACCAUGUUAGCCAGACUGGUCUGGAACUCCUGACCUCAGGUGAUCCGCCCGCCCCGGCUUCCCAAAGUUCUGGGAUUAUAGGCGUGAGCCACCAUGCCUGGUCUCUUCUCAGUCUUGAAGCCCAUCCCUGGAUUUCCACCGGGAGUUACUUUCCUCCUGACCUGUAGAUUUGUUCUUUAACAAUGGCUGCAGGCGGGAGCAUAUGGUGGUUUAUAAAAACGCUGUAGGGCUUUGUUUCCUUCUUUAACUGCCGUGUGUACUUCUGAAGUCUGGGAAGUGCCAAGCCACAGCCUCAAGGGAGCUGGCUGGUGGUUUGAGCUGUGGCAGAAGCACUUGGGGCUCCAGGGAGCAGGCUGGGAAUUGCAGGACGUUGCUCAGCUAGGAGCACUUCCCCCUCCUUGAGGCAGGAAUACCAAGGUGUCUCCCCACAGAUGGAGAAGGUGGAGAGGAGGAUGGGCCUCAGGAGCGUCUCAAGCCCCAGUAGCAGGAGAAAGAAAGAGAUGCCUGGUUUUCAGAGACUGGUUCCUGUGGCUGGGAUGACUGCAUCCUUUUUUUUUGGGGGGGGUGGGUGGGAGAUGGAGUUUUUGCUCUUGCUGCCUAGGCUGGAGUGCAAUGGCGUGAUCUCAGCUCACUGCAACCUCUGCCUCCCAGGUUCAAGCAAUUCUCCUGCCUCAGCCUCCCAAGUAGCUGGGAUUACAGGCACGCACCUCCACGUCUGGCUAAUUUUGUAUUUUUAGUAGAGACGGGGUUUCUCCAUGUUGGUCAGGCUGGUCUCGAACUCCCAACCUCAGGUGAUCUGCCCACCUUGGCCUCCCAAAGUGCUAGGAUUACAGGCAUGAGCCACCGCGCUUGGCCAGACUGUGUCCUUUUUAAGCGAGCAUUUUAGGGCCUGGGAGCUUGUCAAGGAAGUCUCAAGCCCAUAGAGCGGCAUCCUGGCCACGGUGAUUUCAUUACGAGCCCUUCUGCUGGCUCUCAGGCAGAAGCCCAACGGCACCGGGACCAUUCAUGAGGUCACUGCCCAGCUCAUGAUGUCCGCGAGGCUGCCCCGUUGGCCGGUAGCCGUGUGCAGCUGUGCGGCACAGACGGCUUCGUUCAUCCUGAUCAAGGCCCCACCUCAGCCACAGCAGUCCCCCCGACCUGUGUUGUCCACCCUGUUAUUCAUGUACCUGCCAGGCCCUGCUAGACAGCACCCCGUGGCAUUACAUAACACUUCAUGAGUGGCUGUGUCUUGUAAUUUUGGGGACAGGUUUCUCUCUUUCCCUCUCUUUUUUGUUUUUUUCAAAAGCCCAGAGACUGACAACCAGCUGCAGUGUCUAAGUGUUCCUCACUGACAGGGUGGGGCGUCACCGCCCCUGGAGGGAGCAGCCUUGGCAGGGAGACAGCCUGUCCCAGUGACCCUGGGCCCAAGCCAGCCCCUCCAGGGCUUUCAGGGAAGCGCCAUCCAUUUUCAAAGAUGUCAAACGUCACUUCUUCCUGUAGGGCCCAAGUCCUGCCUCCUGUCAGGGCCAGACCAUGGAAGGCUAUUUUCUAUUCUGGGGAACGAUUGUAAUUUAAAUGAUUGUUUUAAUAAAAAUUCUAAGCUGGAAAA